UUCCUUGUGUUUGUCUGGGUGCAUUGUGUGAUUGUCCUCUGGGUGAUCAGCUGAUGGAUCUUGAGGGAGUGGUGCCACUGGACUGCUGUCGAUUGGUCAAAUAUGAUGAGUUUCACGAAUAUCUAGAACGUUCGUAUGAAGGGGAGGAAGACAUGCCUAUGGGUCUGCUGCUCGGCGGGGUGAAAUCUUCAUACAUGUUUGACCUGCUCCUGGAGAUCCGCAGGCCUGACCAAGUGUUCCAGCCCUACAAACCUGGAGAGGUGAUGGUGAAGGUCCAUGUGGUGGAUCUGAAGAGUGAGUCUAUUGCUGCUCCAGUCAGUGUCAGGGCUUAUCUCAACCAGACUAUUACAGAGUUCAAGCAACUCAUUGCACAGAUCAAGCUAUUCUGCAUGCAUCCAGUGAAAAUUAUGAUGGUGGAGAAUAAGCUAGAGGUUCACAAGGACAAAACUCUCCGAGAAGCAACAGAAAUGGCAUACAAG